AAUUAGAGUUCAGUGACUGUUUAUAAGAAAACAAAAAGACAUGUCAAAUUGAUCUCACUUGAAAGACAUGACAUAAAUAAUUACAAAAAGUAAUUAUUAUGGCUUAUUCAGUUAAUAUAUCUGUUGAAGCUCCGAUAGAGAAUCAAAUCCAAGAAAUUACAUAUGAUGGCCAAGAAAUUUAUCAAGCCCCACUUACACUCUCUGAAAGUCUAUCAAAGUUCGCACAAAGAAUUGACUUUAGUAAAACAAGUGAUACAGAAGUUACAGUCAAGAAGGAGCCGACUGAAACAAACGGUGAUGUGAAACCAAAUCUGGAAGAAGACAGUAAAGAUUCAUUUCAAUCUAGUUUAUGGCCAUGGGACUCUGUACGGAAUAAACUGCGUAGUGCACAUACUGAAAUUUGUGUACUUGCAGAUGUGCUUGCAAUUGCAAAAGAAAAACGAUACAUGGUGUUUGACCCCGUUCCACAAGAACAAGUUGAAACAAAGCCUAUGGUUCAAAUUUAUGCUCGAAAAAAAGCAUUGGCUGGUGCUGCAAGUGUUUUACUUACUGGAUCUGAACGCUUACGCAAUUCUCAAAAUGAAUUAAGUAAUCGCAAUCGUACUACUCCCGAUUUUCAUAUUGAAUUGUUAAGGCUAAGACAAAAUUGGCGUUUGAAAAAAGUUUCAAAUUCUAUUAUUGGAGAUUUAAGUUAUAGAACUGCUGGGUCGAAAUAUAAUCAAACAGGGAUGUUUGAAGUUACUAAAGCUGAGGAAGAUGACAAACCUAUACCUAGUCCUCCUCAGAGUCCAUUGCCUGGUGCUCCAGCUACACCUGCCCCAAAAAGUAAUUCAGCUUUACGGGUAACCGUUCCUUCAGAAUUGCAGGGCGUUGCCUAUAUAGAGGUUCUGUGCCAAAAAGAUCAAGAAGAUUUAUGUAGUGCUCAGAUUAAUUUAUUAGGAUCUGGACCCACAGCUACAAAUCCAGAUAUUCAUUGGCAACAAAAACUUGAAGCUGCACAAAAUGUUUUAUUUUGUAAAGAACUCUUUAAUCAAUUAGCAAAAGAAGCUGUUCAAUUGCAAGCACCUAUUCCUCACAUGGUGGUUGGAAAUCAAAUUAUGGCAAAUGUCUUACCCGGAAUUCAAUUAAUUAUUGGUUUAUGCCAUUCAACUGGAACCGAUAAAAAACAAUCAAAUCAAUCUCCAUCAAAAAUUGAGCAUGAUCAUGUGUUAGAACAUUCACUGCAUCAAUUAUUACGAGAAGUUCACCAUAAAAAUACGCAUCAUCCCUUUCCACAUCCUUCAUCCGGACCUUUGGGUCCAAGUAAACGACGUUGUAUUGCCGGUCCCAAUGCCUCCGAUCGUUAUGAACUCUUAGAAAUGAGUAAAUCGCAAACACUUCUAGAGCAAAUAAUUCAACAAGCUCAACAUUUUUUCAUGCGUAAACGUACAGAAUAUGUUUUGGAUACAAUUGCUAAAGAAGUUAAAGAUCCAUUGAUUGUUUCACAUUGGAAUGCAUUAAAUAGUCCAACACAAGCUUGUGUCAAAAUUAAUAUAAUGACACACGGGUAUGAUGCUGUUUGUAGAACAUCUUUGGUUGUUCAUGUCGGUGAAAAAAGUUUAAAAUGUGUGUGCCGUGAUGGCAGAGUAAUGCAUAUGAGCUACGAACCACAAGAAUUAAGAGACUUAAUAUUUUGUCACAUUAAUCAACAUCAAAUUUUAGCUGUACAAGCAUUGGCUAAAUGUAUGGGAUGGCAAUUUUUAGCUAACAGUAAUCAUUUAGGAAUUGGUGCUGUUGAACCACUUGGAAAUGCAAGUUCCUGUAUUUUAGCAUCACCAAUUGGUGAUCGUCUUAUUGCCGUUCGAUGUGAACCACAAGCAGGUGUUCAAGUCUCCAUUGCACAGUCACCUAGACCCGACUUCUUUCCAGGGCGCCUAGUAACUGAACGUAAAUGGGAACAUUUAUGCAGUUCAUAUCGUGAAUUACGAUUAGAAAAAAUGGAGGGUAGAAAUUUUCUACACAAAAUGGAAUUGUUAAUGGCUAGUUUAUCAAGUAGUACUUAAUUUAAAUAGUUUUGCGUACA